CAGGCUGAGGGGCGGGCUGGAGUGAUAGGGAAGAUGUUUAUAAAUUCUUCUGUGGGAUCAGAGGGCACGCCUAUUAUAACCAGAAAACUCCAAGUAUAGCAGCAAGGAUGGAUAAACAGGCUCUAUUACGGCUAAAUCCAAAUGUUGAUUCAGACUUUAGACAAAGGGCCCUGGCCUAUUUUGAGCAGUUAAAGAUUUCCCCAGAUGCCUGGCAGGUGUGUGCCGAAGCUCUAGCCCAGAGGACAUAUAGUGAUGAUCAUGUAAAGCUUUUCUGCUUUCAAGUACUGGAACAUCAAGUUAAAUACAAAUAUUCAGAACUAACCACUGUUCAACAACAACUAAUUAGGGAGACACUCAUAUCAUGGCUGCAAGCUCAGAUGCUGAAUCCCCAACCAGAGAAGACCUUUAUACCAAAUAAAGCCGCCCAAGUCCUCGCCUUGCUUUUUGUUGCAGAAUAUCUCACUAAGUGGCCCAAGUUUUUUUUUGACAUUCUCUCGGUAGUGGACCUAAAUCCAAGGGGAGUAGAUCUGUACCUGCGAAUCCUCAUGGCUAUCAAUUCAGAGUUGGUGGAUCGUGAUGUGGUGCAUACAUCAGAGGAGGCUCAUAGGAAUACUCUCAUAAAAGAUACCAUGAGGGAACAGUGCAUUCCAAAUCUGGUGGAAUCAUGGUACCAAAUAUCACAAAAUUAUCAGUAUACUAAUUCUGAAGUGAUGUGUCAGUGCCUUGAAGUAGUUGGGGCUUAUGUCUCUUGGAUUGACUUAUCCUUUUUAGCCAAUGAUAGGUUUAUAAAUAUGCUGCUAGGUCAUAUGUCAAUAGAAGUUCUACGGGAAGAAGCAUGUGACUGUUUAUUUGAAGUUGUAAAUAAAGGAAUGGACCCUGCUGAUAAAAUGAAACUAGUAGAAUCUUUGUGUCAAGUAUUACAGUCUGCUGGCUUUUUCAGCAUUGACCAGGAAGAAGAUGUUGACUUUUUUUCAGCAUUGACCUGGAAGAAGAUGUUGGCCAGAUUUUCUAAGCCGGUAAACAGAAUGGGACAGUCAUGGAUAGUUAGUUGGAGUAAAUUAAUUAAGAAUGGGAAUAUUAAGAAUGCUCAAGAGGCACUACAAGCUAUUGAAACAAAAGUGGCACUGAUGUUGCAGCUACUAAUUCAUGAGGAUGAUGAUAUUUCUUCUAAUAUUGGAUUUUGUUGUGAUUAUCUUCAUAUUUUGAAACAGCUUACAGUGCUCUCAGAUCAGCAAAAAGCUAAUGUAGAGGCAAUCAUGUUGGCUGUUAUGAAAAAAUUGACUUAUGAUGAAGAAUAUAACUUUGAAAAUGAGGGUCAAGAUAAAGCCAUGUUUGUAGAAUAUAGAAAACAACUGAAGUUAGUGUUGGACAGGCUUGCUCAAGUUUCACCAGAGUUACUACUGGCCUCUGUUCGCAGAGUUUUUAGUUCUACACUGCAGAAUAGGCAGACUACAUGGUUCGUGGAAGUUGAAGUAGCAAUAAGAUUGCUGUAUAUGUUGGCAGAAGCUCUUCCAGUAUCUUCUCAUGGUGCUCACUUCUCAGGUGAUGUUUCAAAAGCUAGUGUUUUGCAGGGUAUGAUGCGAACUCUGGUAACAUCAGGAGUCAGUUCCUAUCAGCAUACAUCUGUGACGUUGGAGUUCUUCGAAACUGUUGUUAGAUAUGAAAAGUUUUUCACAGUUGAACCUCAGCACGUUCCAUGUGUACUAAUGGCUUUCUUAGAUCACAGAGGUCUGCGUCAUUCCAGUGCAAAAGUUCAGAGCAAGAUGGCUUACCUGUUUUCUAGAUUUGUCAAAUCUCUCAAUAAGCAAAUGAAUCCUUUCAUUGAGGAUAUUUUGAAUAGAAUACAAGAUUUAUUAAAGCUUUCUCCACCUGAGAAUGGCCACCAGUCCUUCCUGAGCAGCGAUGAUCAUUUUAUUUAUGAGACAGUUGGAGUGAUGAUUGUUAAUAGUGAAUACCCGGCAGAAAGGAAAGAAGCCUUAAUGAGGAAUCUGUUGACUCCACUAAUGGAGAAGUUUAAAAUUCUGUUAGAAAAUUUGAUGCUAGCACAAGAUGAAGAAAGGCAAGCCUCUCUAGCAGACUGUCUCAACCAUGCUGUUGGAUUUGCAAGUCGAACUAGUAAAGCUUUCAGCAACAAGCAGACUGUGAAACAAUGUGGCUGUUCCGAAGUUUAUCUGGACUGUUUACAGACAUUCUUGCUGGCCCUCAGUUGUCCCUUACAAAAGGGUAUUCUCAGAAGUGGAGUCUGUACUUUCCUUCAUCGAAUGAUUAUUUGCCUGGAGGAAGAAGUUUUUCCAUUCAUCCCAUCUGCUUCAGAACAUAUACUCAAAGAUUGUGAAGCCAAAGACCUCCAGGAGUUCAUUCCUCUUAUCAACCAGAUUACGGCCAAAUUCAAGGUACAGGUAUCCCCGUUUUUACAACAGAUGUUCAUGCCCCUGCUUCAUGCAAUUUUUGAAGUGCUGCUCUGGCCAGCGGAAGAAAAUGACCAGUCUGCUGCUUUAGAGACAGACUUUUUCAGUGUUCACUUCAAAACUGUCCCAGUUUCUACCUAUGACUCAAUUCCAAAGCCACUUUCACAUUUUUCAGGUGUUGGUUACAGCAACACUCCACUCUCUGGCAUUAACUUUCUGUCUUAG